AUGUGAGAGUGAGUGUCAUUAGAAUCAAAUGGCAGCCAUUGCCAGCACACUCCUUCUUUCUUUCUCAACUGUAUCUUCGUCUUCUCUCUUUCUCACCAGAAUCACUUCUCGUUUCUCUUUCGCUGCACCGCUUCCUCUGCGUUCCAACCACACCAAGCACAUGGCUCACACUCUCGCUCGCGCCACUGCCACUCUCGGCCUUACUCACCCUUCCAACACCGAUUCCCCCAAGAUCUCUUUUGCUGCUAAGGAGGUUGAUGUCACUGAAUGGAACGGAGACAUCCUUGCAGUGGGUGUUACUGAGAAAGACUUGGCUAAGGAUGGGAAAUCGGGAUUUGAGAAUCCGAUUUUGAAAAAGAUUGACUCCAAGUUGGGUGGUUUGUUAGCUGAAGCGUCCUCUGAAGAGGAUUUCUCAGGCAAAGCUGGCCAAUCAACGGUUCUUAGAAUUACCGGCCUUGGGUCGAAGAGGAUUGGCUUGAUUGGGCUUGGACAGUCCACUUCCACUACCGCAGCUUUUAAGACUUUUGGUGAGGCUGUUGCAGCUGCUGCAAAGUCUGCUCAAGCAAGCAAUGUCGCCGUUGUUCUCGCCUCUUCUGAAGGACUUUCUAAAGAAACAAAGCUCAGCACUGCUUAUGCAAUCGCCACUGGGACUGCGCUGGGAAUAUUUGAGGAUAACAGGUACAAGUCGGAAUCAAAGAAAUCAGCGCUUAGCUCAGUUGACAUUAUCGGCCUUGGAACUGGACCUGAAUUGGAGAAGAAACUUAAGUAUGCAGGAGAUGUUUCCUCCGGUAUAAUUUUUGGAAGGGAGCUUGUAAAUUCUCCUGCUAAUGUGCUCACACCAGGGGUGUUGGCAGAAGAGGCAUCAAAGAUUGCUUCUGAAUAUAGUGAUGUUUUUACUGCUAAAAUAUUGAAUGCUGAACAAUGUAAGGAAUUGAAAAUGGGAUCCUAUCUGGGUGUUGCUGCAGCAUCAGAAAAUCCUCCACAUUUUAUCCAUCUAUGUUAUAAACCUCCAAGUGGAACUGUCAAUGUCAAGUUGGCAUUGGUUGGAAAGGGUUUGACUUUUGACAGUGGUGGCUACAACAUCAAGACUGGACCUGGCUGUUCAAUUGAACUCAUGAAAUUUGAUAUGGGUGGUUCAGCUGCCGUUUUGGGUGCAGCGAAAGCUCUUGGUCAAAUCAAACCUCUUGGAGUUGAGGUUCAUUUUGUAGUUGCAGCUUGUGAGAAUAUGAUUAGUGGAAAAGGUAUGAGGCCUGGAGACAUUGUCACAGCUUCAAAUGGAAAGACUAUAGAGGUUAACAACACUGAUGCGGAGGGUAGGCUUACCUUGGCAGAUGCUCUGGUAUAUGCUUGUAACCAAGGUGUUGAGAAGAUUGUUGACCUGGCAACUUUAACUGGGGCAUGUGUGGUUGCUCUUGGACCCUCAAUUGCAGGUAUCUUUACACCCAGUGAUGAGCUGGCAAAAGAAGUUGUUGAAGCCUCUGAGGUGAGUGGGGAGAAACUAUGGAGGAUGCCAUUAGAAGAUAGUUACUGGGAGUCGAUGAAAUCAGGAGUCGCUGAUAUGGUUAACACUGGUGGUCGACAAGGCGGUGCUAUUACUGCCGCCCUUUUCCUAAAACAGUUUGUUGAUGAAAAGGUUCAAUGGAUGCAUAUCGACUUGGCCGGUCCGGUAUGGAACGAGAAGAAACGUUCAGCAACAGGAUUCGGUGUUGCUACUUUAGUAGAAUGGGUUUUGAAAAAUGCCUCUCAAAAGUGAACUGAUAAUUGAUAUCUUCAAAUCUUGUUAUAUGGUGAGUGAAUUAGAGAGGAUGAGAUAAAUGCAUCUUGUGGUGUUCUUGGUUCAAUGGGUUUGGUUUUAUGAAUAAGGUAUUUAGGGGGAAUGUAAAAGGGGGUCAGAGGAGGAGGCAUAUUUCAUUGUAUUCAAACUUUUUUUCUGUUUUUGACUUAGUUCAGAAUUCCAUUAGUUUCUUGGCAGUUUGGUUUUAUUUUUCCUACCGGCCAUUUGUGAUUCUUACAUCUCCAUUACAGUGUCCUCAAGUGAAAUUGGUGCAUUAUGCAUA